CAUAAAAAACACGUAGCUGUCAGGCCCUUUAGCCGACUACGGCGCGUCGCCAUAAAAAAUAUAUUCGCGCGAUUCUCCGUCAUUUCCCGCGUUUUCUCAUGUCAGCCCUGCCCGAGCUAGUCUACGUCUGGCUGUCGCUCAGUGUACAUGUCACACUCGGUGAAUUAUCUGCCGCGCGAUUUGUGGAUUAUAAAUUUGUGACAGUGUUUCAGUGUGUGUAAAGUGUAUGUGAUUUUAAUAUUUUAAUAGCGGAAACGAGCUUGUAUCGAGCUAUUGAGUCGUGAAGAUUUAUGAUAUUCGGAGAUACGAAUGAUAACUUAAGCGAAGUGUAAGAAUGAAGAGGCUAUAGAAAACAAUGUGUACUACACUUGUUGAAACAAAAACCGAAAGAGUGAAAAAGAAAAGGUUGACCGAAUGAGAGAGCAACAAUGGUGCCAAUAGACAAUAUCUAUGGUGUUGAGGUCACCGUGAAAGUGAAGUGGGAAAGAUAAAGGCUAGGCCUUAUGGAUCAAGUAAACGUGACAGUGAACGCAACAAACAACGCGACAGGCGUCAAAGAUGAAGAAUGGACGGACUCGGUGGCAUUCAAGAUACGGACCGCCAUACUGCUGCUGAUUGUCAUCAUGGCUGUGCUUGGCAACAUGCUGGUCAUCGUCAGUGUUAUGAGGCACAGAAAACUGCGCGUAAUCACCAACUAUUUCGUCGUAUCGCUGGCAUUCGCUGACAUCCUGGUAGCGAUGGUCGUGAUGCCGUUCAACUUCAGCGUGCAAUUCUACAACGAAUGGAUCUUCGGCACUGUCAUUUGUGAUCUGUGGAAUUCAUCAGAUGUCUACUUCACGUCUACAUCUAUAUUGCAUCUGUGCUGCAUUUCGGUGGAUAGAUAUUACGCUAUCGUAAAACCUUUGAAGUAUCCCAUCAAGAUGACUAAAAAGAUGGCGUUUGUUAUGUUAGCUGCAACGUGGUUGAGUCCUAUAACAAUAUCAUAUGCUCCUAUCUUUAUGGGCUGGUACACCACUAGUGAAUACAUCAGAACAAGAGUGCAAAACCAAUGCGAGUUUAAAGUUAACAAGCCAUACGCAGUUAUAUCAAGCUCCAUUUCUUUCUGGAUUCCUUGUACUAUCAUGAUAUUCACCUACUUGGCGAUAUUCAAAGAAGCAAACCGCCAAGAAAAAGCUUUACAUGCACGGGCAGGCAAUGCAAUGUUAAUGCAUCGACAUUCUAGGGAAGUUGGUGAUAAGAAUGGCGCACUCCACAUCAAUGCCACCACUCCAACCAAAGAUAAAAAUAUCCUUAAAAUGAAAAGGGAGCAUAAAGCAGCCAGGACAUUGGGCAUCAUCAUGGGAGCUUUUAUCCUAUGCUGGCUGCCUUUCUUCCUAUUUUACUUGUCCACCUCGUUAUGUGAUACUUGUGAAUAUCCAGAAGUAUUAACUGUAAUCAUGUUUUGGACUGGUUACUUCAACUCUGCGUUGAAUCCCAUCAUCUACGCGUAUUUCAAUAGGGAUUUUCGAAAUGCAUUUAAGAAUACCUUAGCUUGUGCGUUCUGUAGUUUCUGUCGUCGUAAUUCGAUGGACUCUAGUGCGCUGGAGAGGCUGGACAGGCGUAGUUCGACUCAACUAAGAGUGCCAGUCUCCUCGAGAAGACAAUCGGAUCUAGCAUCCCUUUGAGUGUCGCCAAAUUUUGAAAUGACUACCGUUUGACGGGCCUAGUGAAUCAACGAAUAUUACUGUACUUAGUGAAAAUUUUAGUGAAAUACAAGUUCCUUUGUUUAAAGAUAAUUUAUUUUGUGGUAGAUAAGUUGUUAGAUGUAAGUGUGAGUUGGUUUUAGUUUCAUGUAAAUAAGUAAUAAAUGUUAGUAACGGCGAUUGCCAAAUUGAGAUUUGUAUUGUUAGUAAUAGAAAUUUUAUAGCUGUAAUUUAAUAUAGAAAAGAAUAUAAGCAAUAAGUAGCUAAAAUCUAGUUACCGUAAUAGGAGUAAUUACUGUUGAAAGACUUGAAAUUUUCCGUUAAUUAGGCGAUUGUGUACAGAACGUUCGAGACAAAACUAAUUAAAAAGAUUUAGGCAGAAUAUACUUGCGAUUUUAAUAUGAAUAUUUUUAGUUAGUUAAAAAUACAAAUCAGAAAAUUGUUAUGUGUAUGAUAUAAUAUGAUUUUUAGAGUUACAGAGAAUAUAAAUCAAAAGGUUAAAAAGAAAGUAACAUUUUUAUUUCUAUUCAUCUCGCAUUGGUUGGUUUGCAUUGGUUCAUAGUAGAAUGAAUCCUUUAUUUCUCAAUGUUAGCGGAAUGUUUUGUUCGACAAGUUGUAAAACAUUGAACAAGCUAGUCUUUAGAAAUGCUUUGUAAAUAUUUAUAAUGUAAAUAUUUUAAGAAAAAGAUUUUUAUUCGUGGUCAAUCUUUCUUUACAAUAUAUUUAUUAACGUACUAUAAAUCUAACACCAAUGUAAUUCUAGUGAUACGAUCGAAGCUGGGUUUUUUUUAAUGUAUGUGUUUUCUUCUAAUGUUUUCUUCCGAAAUUGUCAUUAUCCUAACAAAACCAACAAUAUACACAGCACCAAUAUAAAUCAUCUGUAAAUGAAUGUUCGUUAAUAGUUUGUUGCUUAAAUAAGACAGGUUAAUAAAACAUGUCGCACGUAUUUCGAUUCGAUUCUAAGGGAGUUGACCAUGAAUAAAAAACUUAUAAUUUAAUUAAGGAAGAUACUAUAAUGGGGACAAAUAACGCUUCAAUAGAAAAGGUUUUAAAUAAUUGAUGUGCUAAUAAGUAUUGUCAUUUAUUAAUGCGUUCAUUUAAAUAAAAUACUGUUUUCACCUACUAAAAUGCAUCAUUUGGUAGACGUAUACCUAGGCAUUGUUGGUGUGAAAAGUAUUUUAUAUAAAUGACCUUAUAACUAACAAUUCAUUAGAUUGAUGUUUGGUGUCGUGUCAAGUAAUUAUUAUUCUUGCUAACAAUUUUUAUCGAUAGUGAACUUAAUAUUGAAGCCUUGAUAUAGUAUUUAGUUUUAAUUUGACUUUUCACGCAUUCUCUUAAGCUAAAUCGUCAACAGUAUA